CAAUUUGGAAGCACAGAAAAAUGGGUUUGAAAUCAGUAUUGUUUGUCUUCGUGAUGGUUGCUGCCAUGGGAGCUCCAUUAAUGGUGGUGGAAGCUCAGCUUGGGUCCAUUGGCAGUCUUCUUAGCCUUGCCAGAAUCCAAGGAACUGUCUUUUGUACUGCCAAUGGCAACAUCGGCACCAAUGGCACCGCCACUCCUGCCUUUCCGAAUGCAGCCGUGCAACUGCAAUGCGGAAAUGGAAACGUCGUGUCGACAGCAACAACAAACAGCGCGGGAGUGUUUUCGAUUCUGUUAGAUCCUUUACAGCUCCUUCUCUCUUCAGUCACCUCCAACUGUAGCGUUGUAGUGAACACGCCACUGUCGAGCUGCAACGCAACGUUACCCUCUGUCGGGAAUUUGGUUUCGGCGUUGAAUUUGGUCGGAAUGACAUUUCAGGGACUCCUCCGUAUAACCAACAUCAUCCCCACGGGAUUCAUGUUCCAGCCAUCUACAUAAAACUGCUUAUGACUUGUGUUUGUUGUGUUUGCUGUUGUCAAAAAUAAACGUUGUAUGUGUCUGUGUUCGUGUUCGUGUUCUUGUUCGUGUUCUUGUAGCUGUUUCAAAGUGGGAUUAUUUGAGGAUUUUAAGUAAUUAUAUUUACUAAUCCUUAGGCCCACAUUUAUGUGCUCUAAUAUAAAGUUUGUGUGAUAUUAUGUUCUCUUAAA